UUUUUUCCUGCCUCAUCUGUUGCAAAGCUGCGAGGGAGGCGGCGGUUCACGCAUCCUGCCAGCUGAAACAGAAGAAACUUUGUGUUAAGUUGCACAGUAUCAGCAGGGAAAUGCAUUAAGAGAAGCCAAUGGGAGAAUCUACGGAUUACACAGCCUGCGCUUUGAAGCCGCGCGUAAAGUAGAAGAAAUCUGGUUAGUGGACUAUGAGCGAACUUGCGGAACCAGCACGUUUCGCGAGAAGUUAGUUUUUUUUAAAGUGUUACAGUUAGAUUUAGAUAACUGGACGUUUGCAUGACACGUUUUCUGCGACUGUUGAGGGCUGCAGACUGAGAAAUAGACGCAUCUGUCCGCACGGAAGUCGAGGAGGAAUUUGGAGACUGACUGCAGACAUGAGACCGUUUGUCAUCUGCGCGCUUCUGCUGUUAAAAGUUACUCUUGGAGAUGCCUGUGCCAGCGGCCAGUUCACUGAAUCAGGGCAGUGUUGCAGUCUGUGUCCCGCUGGCUUUGAAGUGGAGGUACAGUGUGGGGAAGAGGAUACCAAGUGCACACCAUGCCCACAGGGAAAGUUUUCCUCGUCUGAGGACCUCGGCCCUUGCCUUCCCUGUGCCAAGUGCCCACGUAGUGUUCCCAUGGUGGCCACUUGCACUGCCACUCAAGAAACACAAUGCGAAUGUGACAAUGGCUUCUUCUUUUUGAGCGACCACCACCUGUGUGCGCCUUGCUCCAAAUGCAACCGUGGCGAGGGUGUCAUCCGGGACUGUGGCCUUCAGGGAAACACGCAGUGCCAGAUCUGUGGCCCGGGAACAUUUUCUGAGGAGAUCACUAGCACCAAACCCUGCCAGACCUGCACCCAGUGCUCGGACAGCGAGGUGGAGAUCCGACACUGCAUGCCCAACUCGGACACACUCUGCAUGGACAAGAAGCUGCACAUUCUGUCCCGUCCUGCUCAGGGUGGGUCCGAUGCUUCUCGCUGGCCAGUUGUCGAUGAGGGGAUGGAAGGGCAGACCAGUCCUGCCCCUGGAACACACAAGUUUACCCCGCAAGAUGAGAGCGGCAGCAACAACAUUCUGGCCUACGUGUCUGUCCUGGCUGCCGUGGUGCUUGGUCUGCUUCUUUAUGUGGCUUAUAAAUGCUGGAGAUCGUGUAAACAGAAGAAGGCUCUUUCUAAGGCCCGUGCAGCUGAGUUGGGAGCAUCUCCAGAGGGAGAAAAGCUUCAAAGUGACAGCGGUGUUUUUCUGGACUCUCAGAGCCUGCAGGACAACCAGCCCAGCAAAGGGACGAAGAGGGACAGCAAGCAGGACAACCGCCUUUACGUCAACCUACCCCCCAACAGACAGGAAGAGGUGGAGCGCCUCCUACAGGAGGGAGGGGGCCGGGGGUGGAGGCAGCUGGGCGCAGCGCUGGGCUACGAGCCUGAACAGCUGGACCUGUUUGGGCGUGGAGAGGCCCCUGCUCACACGCUCCUCUCUAACUGGGCCCAGAAAGAAGGCGCCACUCUGGGACUGCUGUGUUCUGCACUGGCCCGCAUUGAGAGGCCCGACGUGGUAACGGCUCUUAACUGCCCCGCACAGGGUGUUUCUUUGGUCUGACGGCUCCGUGAAUGAACAUGUGACACUGACAGACUCGUGUGAAGAACUCUGAAAUGACAAGGAUGGCACUCUGAUAUCAGCACCUGUCAUUGAUCAUGAUACUGAUUGCUUUGCUGGACACUUACAAUCCAGUUUUUACUAAGAGAACAAAAAUAUUCUUGUAUUAUUUACUUGAGGGAACAACAUUUUUUAAUUCUGGUUAAGCCUCAACGCCUUACUCAGCGGACACUGCAGAAACCUGGUCACAUUGGAUUAGAACAACAAUGACCUCUACAUACACAACAAUAAGUACAUUUACAAAGUUGUUUACAUGCACACUAAUCCUGGUAACUGUGAGUGUUUGGUUAGUGGCAGGAAACAGAAUAAUGUGUUUACUCUCAUCGCACAAGUGUGAUUAUUCGAAAAACCACUGUUUACAUGAUAUUUGGAUAGCAAUCAGACUUGUCCCCCACCCCCGCUAAAAAAUAUCAGCCUUCCGCUCACCAUUGUAAACAAAUACAGCUUAGAUCAUCGUUUCUAGUAAAGCUAGCCUGGUUUUAUGAAUCACAACUUCAGCAACCUCUUUGGUUUUGCAGAUGAUUUUUUGCCAGAAGGAGAUGGUUUCUUCCAACAACUCUGCUUUCCAACAUGAUGUGACUUCCCUACUUGGGAUCAUUUCUGUGCACAUGUGCAUGCCUAAGAAGAGAAGAAAAAUCCAAGAAACCCAGUCAAGGGUUUACGUGGCCAAGUGAUCAAACCCUCCCGAUGAUGCUUGCAGUUGCUAAGAAGACUUUAUCUGAUGUGUACAUGGGACCUACUCACUAGAUUGUUUUUUUAGUUUGUUGCCUUGUUUUUUUGUUUCUUUCCUGCUGCAGUCACUACGUAGCCUUGGUAUUUAUUCACACUGAGGAUAUAUUAUGCACCAGUUAUGUUUCAUAUCUUAUCAGAAGACAAGAAAAUGAAGCAUUCUUAAAAACACCUUUCUUAGCUCUUCCUAAUAAUCAUCUAUGAUUGUAAAUAUCUUAAAUAUGAAUUUGAUAAGUCAUGGCUUAAAGUGAGAUCAUUUAUGAACUGUGAAGGCUGAAGAAGGGAAUAGAAAUUAACCUAUUCUCUUUACAUUCAUAAGACACAGCUCCAUUUUUGUCACCUUGAUUUCUCAUAGUAGACAGAAAAAAAAAGUUCACGUCAACGCUCGUGUCCAAUCUUUCCAGCUUGCUUUUGUAUUUAUUUCACCACCGUUUCAAGUAUAAAACUAAAUAAAAUCUAUGAGAACCAUGGACAUCUGCAGUGUGCUAGUUACACUAUGUGAUGGCCUUAGAUGGUUUGAUAUUUUUUCUAUCGCCAGCCAUGUAUGGUUUUAUGUAUAUAUUUCCUAGUGGUAUGCCUUAAUGUGUUUUGUAAGAUUUUUUAUUCAUUUAAUAAAUAACUUUGAUAAGUCAGUGCUCUUUUGUUGUAACAGAGGGACUGAAUAUGAUACUGAAGUAAUGCUGCAGAUCAGGGAUUCACCAUGGCGAUACUUCUGCAGUUACUUAUGGUGUGACUGUGGAGUAGUUCAAUUCAUUUUGAAAUAUAUAUGUGUGGGUGUGCGUGUUGGCAAGCAGGCAGAGAUGGUGAUACAGCUAAAAGGGAUGGCUAAAUAAUAAUGGUUUAAAUAGCUACGACUGUUGUAAUAACAGUUAAAACUGUAACCGUAAAAUAAUGGCUAAGGGACUCUAUGUCACUUAUCAGAGGAGUGGGUGGGUUGGGGUGUGACGUUAUUUAUUUAUUUAUUUUUUCUCAUCUCGCCCCUCCUGAAGCUACAAAUAUAUUUUCUUGAGCCUCCCUGAGUGACUGGAGGAAAAUGCUUGACCUCCCUCCACCAUAAAUUUUUUAAAGUAUUAACACCAAAUGCAGGUAUUGGAGUCAAGGCGAAGUGCGAACAGCAGGGGAGUACUGCACACAGAGUGCCAAUGACCCAUACACACACACAGCUGGCAGUAGCAAUGUGCAUAUAAUGGUAGCUUCCCCACAUAAACUUCACACUACAGUGGUAAUAUCAGUACCCUGGCACAGUGGGCAUUAUAAGAUUUACAAAAGAAAAAAAAGUUGCUGUUUUAAAGUUAAAAAUUGAAAAAAAAAAGUCAUGUUUUUUUCACUGUUGAUAUUCAUGCAGGGGUGCCGAAUUUAAUUUCUCUACAGGACCUGGUAGUGCAAACUGUUUAUUUUUGGCGAAAUUUUAAAUGAAACACAGAAUAAAGUAGUAUUUAUGAGCGAAGCUGCCGUAAAUUUAAAAAUUCAUUGAUGAUUUCUGUUUUAUAGUUUCUGGCUGUUUAGUGUAAUUUCGGAAAUUUUUAAACAAAACCUGCCUUUCAAAUACAUGACUAGAAUUUAGGGUUCAGAUGGUACCUAAAAAAAAAUACAAAAUAUCACCAUCUAAAGUUACAAGUCCCUCCCUUAAGCCAAAAUAAAAAAACAUGAGUCCUUUUGCAGUGCUUACAAAAUAUUUGACUUGCCGCCCCAAGUUUCCCCAAACCCCUCUCCCAUCAGAAAUAACAAACACUCCCUAAAAAGUUGAAAUAAUCAGCUAGAGUUGACACAGUUAUCAUGAACUAAUACAUAGUGAACUACCUAAAAUGUAUGGAUAAAUGCGAUGGAUUAACAAUUCAAAUAUCUAAAAGUACAGCUGAAAUAGUUAGCUUAAAUUAAUGGAUAAAUAGUGAAAAUAAAUAAUGUUAGUGAAAAGUAAUAGAUAAAUAGCUGAAAUAGCUAAAAGCAAUGAAUGGCUAAAUGGUUGAAGUAGCAGCUAAAAUUAAAUUAAUACAUUUAAAAUAGCAAAAAUAAAUGGUGUUGACAAUUAGGGGGCACUUGAGUUCAUCUGAUAGGGUUGAGAGUGUACAAGUGGGUUGAUACUUAGAGAUUUAUUAUCAGAUAUCUUUGUGUUGUACCUCCCAUAGACUCUAAACAAUUAGCAGUUUAGGAUCAAAUCAGGCAUUUCUUAUGUAAUUUGGACGUCAUAUGGCUUCAUAUUUAUAGCAACACCAACAUUUUUUUCUUUUUUAACGUUCACAGAAAUAUGAAAAUUACUGGACCCCAACCACAUUACUACAGACAUGUCUGUCAUUUACAGUAAAUCAUAAAACCCACUUGAUGAAUAACACAGGAAGGAAGUUUGGACAUAUUUGGAAUAUACUACCCCUUAUCAAGGGAUUUAGUGUAUAAGAACAUUUCCUAUCCAAAACCCUGAGGGAAAUCAGUUAAGAGGUAUUUAAUAAUUUGAGGGUGAAAUGAAAAUAAUGGCUCCGUCCAAAAUAUUCUGCAGGAAAGUUUCCUCUUUCUCUCCGAGGCACAAUCUGAUUCCUGCUCCCCCUCUGCUCCGCUCUGAACUCAAAUCUGUUAAUGAUCUCUUUGCAUUCGGGCUCUAAGUGGGAGCAGGCAUCUUGCAUGGCCUAGGGCAGUGUUACAUGCCGUCACACACUCCAGACGGGACUGCUUAACUGCGGUCUGGAGCACACAGGCAUGGGGCUGUGGAAUGUGCACACACUGGGAGGGGGGUUGGGACCGGCGAGAGAGGAGGAAGCAGAGCAGCGCCUCUCUCCACUCGUCACGGGUCUCCAUAUUUAGAGUGCACAGAACGUCUCUAAUGAAGGCAGUCGAUCACUUUGAUUCCCUUUACUGGGGCCAAACAUCUGGCUCAACACUGCGUACGCGAUGUAGUGGCACUCAUGCCGUGUGCACCCCUUAUUAAAGGAGGGAGCCAAUCUAAAACGGGAUUGGGUGUGCACUCAGCAGUUCAUCAUGUAACAGAGGUCACUCACAUUUGCUCAGAUCUGUUUAACUGACACCCAAUUUAACUGCACAGCAGGGAUAUAAUUUUACAAAAAAGUUUAUUAUCUUUUAAAAUGUUUGUACACUCCGUAUGACAAUGUGCUUACACAAUACUUACAGUAGAAUAGGGUGAAACUUACUUUGUACAUAGAAAAAUAAUAAUAAACAAACAGAAAAAAAAGAAACAUGAAAAUCUCCCCCGCCACUGAAAUAAAAUAGAAGGCUGUGAGUCAGCGGGUUUCCUAAGUUCUGACAGACUGAUGUGGGAACUGCAUCAGGAGGGCUGAGCUGGUGAGGAUGGGUGGGCUCGCUGUGCUCCCUGACCCCUACUCUCCUGCGUACAGCUUUGGUAACUUUACACAUUAUUUACACUUUCAAUCAUGAAAUGAUAGUCCUUUUACAAAGUGUCUGCUUAUUUAAACAUUCCCAAAACUAUUAUUCAAUAUAUUCACAUAUAAAGCAAUGUACAUGUGUUGGAACUUUCAAUGCAAUUUAAUAACCUGCAACAAAUUGAUGACCUAAUGCUAAUGAGCCUACUCUGACAACCGUAAAAAUCUUGCGAAUUAAUGAAAAUAAGAACGAGAACACACAAGAUGUUUAGAAACGGUUAAAACUGCAAUGCUACAACUUUCAUUUUCAACCUUAUUCCUGCGAGAGGAGGAAACAGGGGCAGGACAAGUCGGGAGAGGGGUUGGACAGGAAAUGGGGGGGAAAAUCUGAUACACAGCUAAACAGCACAUCAAACACAGCAUUCAAACCCUGCUCCCAUUAUUAUACAUAACUUUAUAAAAGACAUAAUGAUCACCAUGCCAACCUGCUGGUUACUGGCUGAUCCCUAAGUGUAUUGUGAGUGCAGCUCAUCCUGGUGAGGGCAUAUUACUUGAAGCAGGACAUGUGGGAAAACGUAGGAAUUUCCAUAAGGAUACCAAACUGACCUCAGCCUACAUCAUGCAUUCAUAAAACAACAGAGGCUCCAAAGUCUCGUGGUUAAGAAGGCAGGGUUUGAGGAGUGGAAGCUUGGACCUCCACAGCCCAGUUAAAAGCAGCACCAGAUACAGAGUCAGUGGCGGGGGGUUGAAGCGUGCACAUGAAAAAGGAAGGGGGGGGGGGGGGAGAAGGG